AUGCGACGUGUGGCAGAGGGUCACCCCAUGCUACUCCUUACAUUAUCUCCCCUUCACAGAAUCCGCCAGGCUCGUGUAUUGAUUUCAAAGGUGUGUGAAGGGAGUGAUACACCUGGUGCAAACGCUACAUGUGAUAGUGACAUAGUGAGCGAGUGGCAUGAAUUGCAACUAAACGAGCAAACACUAUACGCUACAGAUCGAGUCAGUGCUGAGAGCAAACACCAUGUCGCGCAACCUUCUUGGACACCACUUUCUACAGAAGAAUACCCCAUGGGAGGUGAAUUGGAACUCGAUAUUGGUGGUGAUAGCGACGAUACUGUUGAGCCUGAGUGUGACGAUAAGUUUGAAAAAUUGUUUAUUCUUGAGUUGGUUCAUAGCGCAGUGUCUGGAAUGAGCGCAGAAGAUUCAUCUACAUUUUGCGUUUUGAAGUUGUGCGUGGAUAUUGUCGUGGAAUCUCUUGAGCGUCUGCAGAAUGUUUCUUACCCGCGGUUCACAGUUACGUCGAAACCUACUGUAGGGCAACGUAUUGCAAAUGCCUGUUUUGCCGAAAGAGGUGACGGUACGCAAGAUGAGAGCGACGACAACUACAUUUUGCUGGUUGGCCAACACCAGUACGAGUAUUACAUUUGCCCGAGGAUAGAAUACGCGAAUGGGCAUGAUACUGGCUCGGGUUUUGCUGCGGUCGAUGUGAAUGUAGUGAGUAUUAGUCCUUUGCAGGAAGGCGACGACAGCGGUUGGGAAGUAGUAUUGCUUUCCCCCUUACCUUCGCAGCCAGCAGACCUUCUUUGUGCUUUUGUGCGGUCGGUGGGAGAAGAUACCGCUCAACCUUCUGUGGAGGUUUAUAAUGGGGCAAAGUGGCUGGUACAACAAUACCCCGCUUACACCCAUAUGAAGGCUGAAGAAGAUGCGGGUCAUCUUAGCGAGUCUUUGGCUUCUAGCAUAUAUUUCUUUCACUGUGACCAUGCAAUAUACCAAAACCUGAUGGGACUGUUACAGAUUGCUGACUUUGCGUGGACAGCGGCGGUUAAUCGGGCAACCGCGUCCACUUCCAACACAUGGGUAAUAGCCCGCAGCGACGGUAAGAAUGCGCUUCUUAGCUUACGUAGAGGAUUUCUUUGUACGCGGCAUGCUGUGUUGCUCUCAGAUGAGACACUGUACGGAACUGUUGGGGGAAACCCCGCUGUGUCCCCGGCCGUUGCGCUACGUGGUAAAACUGCUGUGAUCAGUGCCGCCUUGGAACUCAAAUGGAACGCCACUCACAAGGACAAUGCUAGUUUCCCUGAAUUGCUCAGGGCUAAUAAAGAAACAUCUUUUCUUUCUGUGGUUUCUGCGCUUCUACGUACCUGGUCGAUGUGCUUGCUUUCUGAUGUGCCCGGAUGGACUGAAUUCCUUCAUCAAGAGCGACAGAUAGCCCUAUACAGCUUGUGUGUGAUGCCCUUACCACCUAACUCGUGGUGCUUACCACAACAAUAUGUGCGAGAGGUGUACGUGUCGCUACUGCUGUUGUCAUCAGCAUUUGUGGUAACUGUCCUUCGUCAGAACCUCUGCGGCCCCUGGGAACUGCUUCGGAAGGGCGUAUCGUCGUCGUUUAUGCGCAGUAUUGGUGUGACUGAUAUUUUACCGACUACCGGAAUGCAUCUUGAUCUCGUGCGACUUCUCAUACUUCGUGACGGUUGGGAAAAAUGUCGUUUGUUUGAUGCAACGUCUUUAUCUUCUGUUUGUUUCGUAGGUACUCUCAGUUAUGAGGAAAAGCUGCGGCAGGGGAAGUCAACAAAAGAUGAGGGCAGCUCCUACCACGAUAUACAUCUACAUAUAACAGUUCCACCCACAAAAAGGGAUGUACAAGUUUCACACAUCCUCGACCAGCAGCUAGCAGAGGAUGCAAUGUGGCUCGUUGAUUUGCCAUUCACUGUUCUCUACUUCGUGGCGGAGUAUAGGGCACAGACUUAUUCAACACCUAGCGGUUUCAAUGCCGAAGCGCCAUCAUCACGUUGUCGAGUAGCGCAUAUGUUGCCCUGCUACUGGCGCGUGUCGGCGCUUGAUUGGGCCCGGGGACUAUCUCAACACGCAUCCUUCACUUUACUAAGACCUUCGGGAGAUGAUGGAGUUGGUACGACAGAGGGGAGCAUCUCUGCGGAGGGCUGUGGAGACAAGGAGGGUAAUAGCGAAGGGCAAGAUGGGGUUCCUCCUCUACUAAUCCCGUUUUUAGUUCUGAAUCCCAAGGUUGUACCGCAAGCGCUGUUUCUUCAUGUGGACCACAGUCAGUUCUUUACAGAUCUCUCUGAAAAGACUGGGUUUAUUAUGCGACAGUCCGUCUUGCAGAACAUAAUGGAGGAGUCAGUGCGUGAGGGAGAGGAGGAUGCUGGGGAAGUCGAUAUGGUUUUUACUCCUUUACUUAAUCAACUGCUGCUAAGUAUUCUGGACGCUACGCCGUCUCAUUCCCCCGUUGCUACAGCGGAGCUUCUACCAAUUCAGCUGUUUGAGGAAUCACUUGAAGCGGUAAGCGGGGGAGCCGAGGCGGUUUGGGGAAGGGUGUACGCUGACACUCGCGUGCGUCUUAUGCGCCGCGUAGGGUAUCACAGAAAAGACGGCGUGAACAGCCACUCAUUAAAACGUUCGAGGGAUAACGGCACUGCAGGUUACGGUGGCGGCUGCCACGAGUCUUUGCGGCUGCUGGGGAAUAUUCAAACUCAUAUCCAAACCAUAGCCAAGUAUCAAUCCACCCUGCUGCAGUUGCAGUUAAGGUCGCAGAGGAGGAGGCCUUUAGUUCUCAGAUUGUAUAGGGAGCGUACAGGCAGCUCUGUGGGUGUGCAACCUAAAGGAAAGGAGCAGCAUGAAAGCAACAUACCACGCAGCGUUAGCGAUUUGGCGCAGCUCGUUUCUCGUGUUAUGUGCGCAAGCACAACACGUUUAGAAGAGGGGGAAUCAACAACGGCGAGACGAGCUGUGGACUCCCUUUUAUUCCCCUUGUGGUUGUUGCUUCUGGAUCUCCGAGAGUGUGGUGUAACGACAUGUGGUGGGCAAGUCGGAACUGAAGUCGUACGGAGGAUCUGUGAGGUUUCUUUUAAAGGUCUCACAACAAACGGUGUUGUUUUACCUGUUGAUACUUUUCUGCUGGAGGCGUACCAGUUUCUCAUGCAGGAUGCCUAG